UUUCUGAUGUCGUUCUGUAACAAGAACGUCUUUUUUCUUUACUUCGUAUUCGAUUCUCAUAUAAAAUAUCCCCGACCACACCAAUCGUUCAAAUAUUUGGUUAGACUGAUGCGAGAAAGAUAAACGCAAAAGUGAGGCAAGGCACAUUUACCGUAGUUGGAUGUUAUAAUUUUUUGUCAAAUCGAUACGGAACUCAUCAGCAGUCAACAUCAUGAAAAUUUCAUUUAUUAUAAUCGGAAUAUUAUCAACAUUGUCUAUUACAUAUGGAGCACCCGUUGAAGGGGUACUUUGCCAAAUAAACCCGUUUCAAAAGAGUACGUUUGAGUCGUCUCUGUUGCUUGAAAAUCACUUGAUGUGUCCAACUGAAGGGGACUUCCUUCAUCCGGCGGAGUAUUGUGAGCAUUUGUACAAAUGUCCUUUGGAUUUCGACGACAAGAUAAGACAUUGUGAGGCUUUUUGCAAAAGUGAUGGAACUUGGGACUACAAAUAUCCGACCUGUGAUGACAUGGUUCCCUUUGCCGAACUGCUUGAUUCGGAAGUCACUAAACAAGAAGCAGCUGUUAGAAAAAGGCGGCGGAGAAGGCGAAGGAUGGCGAUACAUAAUAAUGCUGAUGCUAUUUUAGAAGCUUUGAAGGAGCGGGAGACACUGAUUGGGAAAGAGGUAAUAAUAGAGGUUAAUAUUCGAAAAAGAAGAAGCUUUGGUUGGGGAGACGCUGCUGCACUCGAGAAACCAGCAGCAAAAUCAGCAGAAAAUCCAGCUGUGGAGCCAGGCGAUCUAGUUGAUAAAACGGAAAACUUGGACAUUAAAGAAUUAGAAGAAAGCAUAGACAACAAAACAAAGAAAAUGAAAAAGAAAGUAACUGUGGAAGAUAUCAAAGCUCUUUGCCACAAAAAGAUGUGCACGGUCGUAAAUAGUGACAAAAGCUGUCGAGGAUUAGAUCACAAACAAGCGGACUUCAGCUUGCAAGUAAGAGUGUGUGAUAUUUGCGUCAAACUUGGAGUGUGCGCCAAAUCAAUCAAGCUUUUCACGUCCGGAUAAACCCAAAGGAUCAACACAACGAACUUUGCGAAUUUUUAUUUUUAAAAUUUUAUAUUGUUGUGAAGAUAUUAUAUUGUUUUGCCGUAGGCAACUCAAUGCUGUUUUAUGCCACUUGCUACACAGUGUUCGUACGAGAAUAUCGCUUAGUUAACAAAACGCAAACAUAAAAAUAAUGAAUCUUUAGUUUUUUCGGAAAAAGAAUUACUCCCGAGUAAUUGUUACCAUACUCUGACAAAUUUGUCUACUUGGCGUUAUAUGAUAAUGCCCCUAGUCGUCUGAGGUCCAAAUUAGGCAGAUUGAAGAACGGGAAUACAUAAAAUUUAUUUUGAGUAUAAUGUGUACAGCUUAAUUUAUUGUUUAUUUUUCUCUUCCAUAAUAUUUCAUGUCAAGUAAAGAGUCAACUAAAAACUGGCGUUGCUUUGUUUCAAAAAUAUUGCCGAUUCAUCGAUAUAAAAGUCAUUAAAGUCGAAGGCUGUUGUUUUGAGUUUUGAAAAAGAUCAAAAGUAUGUAAAAAGUGAAUCAACUUUAUCUUUAUUUUAAUGCUGCAAUACGCAAUUUUGUCGCACAAUAUGUUCCACUAUGUACAAUUAUGUACUUUUUGUUUUGAUUUUCUGCAUUCGUCGUGAAAUAAAAGUGAAAUAUUCACAUUAAUAUGGUUUCAUGCUUA